AUGGCUGGCACCUGUGUGCGCCUGUCGAGCGUGAGGGUCUCUGUCUCUCCUUCGCCCCAGGCCCGGCGGGCUGCCUGCCUGCUCAGGAGCCAGGGCCUCCGCGCUGCUAGGCGCCGCUCAUAUUCGCGGCCCUGGACGGCUGCAAUCCGUCAGGCUGUCCCUUGUGCCAACACAUCGGGGCCUGGCUCGGCAUCCGGGCCGCGUUUCUCGCGCGUUCUCCGCUCCCAGCUUUCUGUCCCUUGCAUCCGAAUGGCGCGCAGCUGCCACCGACCGUCCGGCCAUUCUCAAUCCACAAAGUUGAACCCACCCCUUACUCGUCUCUUGCAGACCCAGUAUAUGCCGCGCGACGCUCUGGCCCGGCCGUCCUUGCUCGUGCCUUUCGCUCCGGUGGCCUUCCAUCCGCCAGCCUCCCUUUCCCUCCACCUGGUCAGUCGACAUAAACCUAGUAUGAAGCAUACCCCAGACCCGCGUGGGAAACAGCCUCCAAGCUACCUUUGCCGCAUUUUGAAAACUUCCCAAACUUCUGGAGCAUCCAGAACUUCCGGCCGACUCCCCCCCUUCAGGUCGGCCUUGAGCCACAAACCUUACACCUCGCCAGCCUUACAUCUCGCCAGCCUUACACCUCGCCAGCCUUACACCUCGCCAGCCUUACACCUUGCCAGCCUUACAACUCGCUACCCUUACAACUCGCUACCCUUCCCUCGCACCACCUCGCUUGCACCCACCUUGCUCGCACCCACCUUGCUCGCACCCACCUCGCUCGCACCGUUACACCUCCCUCGCUACCCUUACACUACAUACCUAGCACCUCGCUCCAGCACCCUUUCACCUUGCUGA